CACAUUAUGGUGUACGGAAAAUCCCUCCUGGUCUUCUUCUGCAUCGUUUUUGCUAUUGGUGUGCAACUGACAAGAGCUCAGCACUGGUCCUACGGCUGGUAUCCUGGAGGGAAGCGAGAAAUUGCGCUGCUCCCUGGAAACCUUGAGGACUCUGAAGAGACCAAACUUUGUGAUGGACAAGGCUGCCCAUAUGUGAAGGUUGCUAGUGAUAAAGUGGUGAAGCACUUACUG